CACGGGGCGGCAGUGACGGGCGUGACGUAGACGGAGGAGGAUGUACGCCCCUGUCGGCGAGGGCCACGGCAACCAAGAACCAUCCCUGGUCAAUUCAUGGUGGCUUCAUCCGCCAGCUGGACGAACCGUUGGGCACGAGCGUGAUCAAGAAGGAAAAUAUCUACUUGAAGGUGGCAGAGACAGGGGUGGCGAAGGUCACGGGGUCGGGCCUAGGGGUGGCAUCAUGGACUCUCAUCAGCAGUUCUGUCUCAAGUGGAAUAGUUUCGGCAGCAACCUAGCGACAGCGUUCUCGAAUUUGUUCAAAAGCGAGAGUCUUAGCGAUGUCACCCUGUUCUGCGAGGGAGUAACGUUCAAGGCGCACAGGUUAAUCCUCGCGGCAUGUAGCAAGCACUUUCAAGAGCUCUUCGAAGGAAUGCCCGCCUCACCCGCCGGUCUGAUCGUUAUUCUCGACGGAACGAGUGCCCACAAUAUGGCGUCCCUUCUCGAAUUCAUGUACCGUGGAGAGGUACACGUGUCCCAGGAAUCCCUGAGCUCUUUCCUCAAAGCAGCCGAAUGCCUUCAAGUAAAGGGUCUGUCCAUCGAGCACGAGAAGCUGGCGGUAGCGCAGAGGCACGCUACGGAGAACAAUAACUCGUCGACGGACGUCGGGGGUGCUGCCGGUGGUAGUAGCAAUGGCGUUGGUAGCAGCGAUAACGGUGACACCGGAAUCGGGAGUGCGAGCGGAAACGUCGAUGGUAGCGGUAACGCAGCCGGUAAUGCCGGCGGUGUCGUUGGUGGCGGUAUCGGCGAGGUGAGCGACGUGGGCGACAUCAUGAAGAGAACCCCCACACCGGCACCGUCGCCCGCCGCUGCCUACACCGUGCCCAGUCUCAACCCUCACUAUUACGAAAGCCCGCCGAAAAUGCUGAUGAGAUCGCCCAGCGACGUCGAUACUUUGGGAAGGGCGAGCGUGUUGCGCGAUGGCACUGCCUUCCGGCCCGCAUCAGCGCCACAUCCGCUUCUGGAGAACCACUUCUACCAGCCGUUCAUCUACCCUUCAGAAACGCCUGCACAUCCUCACACCGCACCGCACACACCGACAGAAUUGGAACAGGAAUUAGAACGAGCGAGGUCCGAGGAACGUAGCAAUUGCGAUCUCAAGGAAAGUGUAGCCGAAGAUCUUCGAAUAAAGCAAGAACCAGUGGCGAUGACCGAUCGGGAAAGGGCAGAUAAAUUGGCAGAAAGAUUGUCGGGCGAAGUUUAUUCCAGUGGAAGGGGGUUCGAUGGUGGCCAUUACGGCUCAAACUCGAAUCACAUUCAACACGGAGCGCAAGUUGGCCAUGCCAUAAUGCCCCUGCCACCCGCUCAUCCUCCAACUCCUGAUCUCAGUCCUGCACCCACCACACCCGCUAUGUGGAAUACGAAACUUAACAAGGCUGGUACUGUCUCCACUCCCGAUGAUUUAGACAUGUUGCCAACCGAAGGACUCAGAAAAGCGAAAAAGCCGAUCAUGGCGGUUGCAAUGAAUUCUUUCGAUAGUUGGCUCAGCAAGAAAUUACAAGCAUUAAAUACUGACGAAGGUGUGUUUGGAUCGUACAUCAAGGGAAUCUUAGAAGGUGAUGAGACUGAGGACGAGAAGACCGAAGCCCUUGAAGGCAUACUCGCUGGCAUAACGGACGAUAACAUCAGCAAACAUGUGAAGGAAAUUUUGAAAGCUUGGACCGACUAUCUACCUGUCGAAGAGGUUGCUGCUGCAAAGGAGCCAUUGGAAGACGUAGAUGUCAGAUUGGCGCGAAUGUUGGAAUCUCAGUCCCUACCGACCACGACACAGAGAAGUUACACGGAGGAAGAAAGGAGAAUAAGAGAAGCUAUUCUUGCACAAUACAGUCAGAUGUCAGAGGAGGAGAACAGCGAGGGAGAUGGAGAGGAGGAUGGUGCCAGCGGUGGAGACUGCGGUAUUGAGAGAAAUACGAAUGUGUCUAAUAUAAUACAACAGGAAAGGGAAAAGAGGGAACAGGCUAAAUUGGAGAGUCAGAAGAAAAAGGAGAAAGACAAGGAAGACCGUGAGAAACAGAAACAGUUAAAAGAGGAGAAGAAAGAAAAACGAAAAACACAAAAAGGAGAGAGAAGAAGGUAGCAUUGGGACAAGAGGACUUUCAAUUUUACCUCAAGAGUUAAACUAAUCAAAUGCAAAUCAGCAUACAUAUACAUCUACAUUUAUUCUCAUGCAUGCAAUGUUCUCCACCAUUUAUUUAAAUUAUUUACCGAUUCUUUACUAGGAAUUUAUGUAUGUAGAAUACAUAUCCUCAGAGAACAGGAUAUCAGACAACUAUCAAAAUAUCACGUCUCUUGCUACACAAUGUUAAUUAUGUGUUAACUCUAUCAUAUGUAUAUGUAUGUAAUAUUGCAUCCUGUGCCUUCUAUCUGUUGAGAAUCUCUCUGAAACGAUGUAAUCUUCUUUAAGAUAUUUUCUAUAUUCUCGUUCCUUUCUAUUUUUUUUUCUUUUUUUUUGUAAAAUUUUCCUCUGCGCAUUUAAAACAUUGCUUUUAAUCAAUGUUAACGUGAGACGAUAUUACAAUCAUUAAAUUGUAAAACAAUGAUAACCCGAAUAUGGACGAAUGAUUUAUACUUGUUAUUCUUCACAAUGUAUGUUCCUUCCUUUCAUCAUAUAAAUUAUGUAUUUAAUAUCAAUACACUAAAUAAACAACUGUCCGAAUAAA